CCUUCCGAGUCUGGUCUUUUUAACAGAACGCCACUCAUUGACCAUGUUAGAACUACAUUUCCCGGCGUGCGUCGGCUGACAGGUUCCGGCGCCGUCUUUCCCCAGCAUUCUCUAUUUACUUCCGGGUUCACCAAUACUGAAGAGAGAGCGCUUUCGUCCCCGCCAUGGCUGAGCUAAUCCAGAAGAAGCUGCAGGGAGAAGUGGAGAAAUAUCAACAGCUGCAGAAGGACUUGAGUAAAUCCAUGUCAGGGAGGCAGAAACUAGAGGCACAACUAACAGAGAAUAAUAUCGUGAAGGAGGAACUGGCCCUGCUGGAUGGGUCCAACGUGGUGUUUAAACUUCUGGGGCCGGUGCUGGUCAAACAGGAGCUGGGGGAAGCUCGGGCCACAGUGGGGAAAAGGCUGGACUACAUCACAGCUGAGAUUAAGCGAUAUGAAUCCCAGCUCCGGGACCUAGAGCGGCAGUCAGAACAACAGAGGGAGACCCUUGCUCAGCUGCAGCAGGAGUUUCAGCGGGCGCAGGCGGCAAAGGCAGGGGCUCCUGGGAAGGCCUGACCCUGUCCUGGGGGGUGGGGGAGGGGAAGGAAUGAGGCAGCUCUAGGGUCUAUACUGUAGUUAAUAAAAUGUGAAAAUAUCUGGUGUGUUCUGACCAGCCA